AUGCUGGAAACAAUACGGAAGGCCUUAAACGAAUAUAUUCGAGACAAAAACUGUAAGACCUGUGAGAAAUUUGAUAAUUUUCUUUUAGCGAAAACAUGUGAGCUGUGCUAUGAUCUCAUACAAAAUUAUUUUCAAACGUGGAAAGUCAGUCAGCCAUUUUUGUGCCCGCCGGAAAUUAUUCUUUACACCAGUGUUUGUGCGAUCAAGGAAAGUAAACCGACGAUCGCCAAGGAGUUGAUCCGGAUCUAUGAAGAAGUAUUUACUAACACGGAUGAACUGUUUGCUGUGUGUCAACUGAUCAAAGCAGAGAUGCUCUUACCGUCUGUGAAUGCCGAUAUGAAUAAUCUGGAUGCAAUGAUCAAAUUGAUCAACAAGUGUAUCACAAUCUCUAAUCGUGUGAAAAACGAGAAUAUUUUGGCCACUGCCUGUGCCACUCUAUACAGAGCCAUUUAUGUCUAUCUUCGGCCAUCCACCAGACCAAACGCAAUCAAAUAUCUUAAACCGAUUGUGAAAUUGUUAUCAGAGAGUGAGGCAAAAGCUUACAAAUGGCAGAUAUUAUUCAUACGCAUUCUACUCGAGGCUUAUAUUCAAACGGGGCAACGUAAAGAUGCAAGUCAUUUGGUUGAUGUGGCAGCCGGUGGACCAGCUCGUCAUUUACCGCAACAAAUGGUUCAGCUGUUGGUCAGAGCCAGCGCAUCCAAUUUGGCCAGUGCGGAAAGGAAUAUAUCCUGGGCAAGCGGAGUAUCUGGGACCUCUGAUACAGAUGCGACCGGAAGUGAUAAGUCUACAGUGGCCUAUGUGGAAGGGCAUAAACGAACAAAUUAUCCGCAAAUGAGCGGACAAUUGGCACAAACGUUACUUCAAUCGGGAAUGCUUCCUGCUAAUCGAAUUGCCAAGUUGAAAGUCCAAAACAAAGAAACUGGAGACCAGCUGGAUGAGAUUGUUCGAUUGUUACGUGUGCUCAAUCCGUCCGAGGAGUCCACUGAAGGACGGACAGGCCGAUCCGAGCAGCUAUCUGUCCCCGUCACCGAUUCCAAAAGAACUAACGACAGUACGGGUGCAGGAAUGACCGCCGGUGAAGAUGACUGGUCUGAGCGUUACCAGUUCUUUCCAGAUGACACGUUCAACCUACUGUUCCAAUUGGGUCUAAUCGCCGUUUCUCGUAAACUACCCGGAGUUGUGACGGCCUGUGACCCCGUUUCGGCUGAAGUGAAUGCCGAACUUCUCAAUCUGGAGCUGGAGACUAUGGAAGAAGACUUUCGACUGGAUUCAAAUACGACGGCGAUUGUUCAGUCUCAUUUACAAUUGGCGAAACGUUGUGAACAGCUGGUGGAACAGGCUAUCCGGACGAAGGCCAACAAUGAAACCAUCCAAACAGGUUGCGUUACUUUAUGGAAUAUCUGUCUACCGUUGUUACAAAAGACAACACGUCAAGAUCAGUUGGUUCAACAGUGUCUUCACUUAAUUGUCGAAACAUUAGAUCAACUUCAAAGUCUACAUUUUCGGUUGCGAUGUCAAGCCCACUUGAUGCUCGCCAAAUGUUUGGCUGAUAUGGAGAAACUUCCACAAGCCUUAGCUCAUUUGGAGAAAGUUUUCACCUUCGAUGACACUGACGAGUUUACCGAGGGUGCAAUACAUAUGUACAAUCGAUUACAACUUCGUGCCACCAUCUAUGAGAUACCAGAUCGUAUCGAAGAUCGUGCAGCUCAAAUUCUGGAACAUUUGCGUUCCGUUACUUUGGAGGAUUUAUCGGCUAGAAAGUUGGCAGAACUAUUUCAAACGGGAACGGAUGGCUUGUUCGAGAAAAAUUUUCAUCCAGCCAAUGGACAAUCCCAAAUGACCAUACGGGAUUUAUUGUCUCGAGUCGGCGAAACAUUGGCCCCAAAUUGCUUUCUAACGGCUCUGGAACGGGAAACGCUUUUGACCGAGACGCUACGGGAACAGGAUAGACUAAUCACAGACAGGCAUUCCAUUUCCGGGACAAUUACAUCCGGAUUGUACACGGGAGAAGUGGUUCGCCAGCUUGCAAAUCGGGCCGAACAAUGGCAAAAGUGCAUGGAAACGGUCCAGAGUGAAGCAGUACAACAAUUGGUACAAAAAUCUAAGCAAGAAGGAACUUUCAAAGAAAGGUUGUUACUCUGGAUGGAUUUGGCCAAAGUGGCUCGACGGUUCCAUCUGUGGGAUAUGUGCACAUUAGCCUGUCGGUUUGGUUUACAAUACGAUACAGAUGCGGUAUGGUCCGAUAUCUGGUCGAAAAUUGAACGUGGAAAGACACUACCAUCUAAGAGUGGUGGUGGUGGUGGUGAGCAAUCCUCUGGUCAAAAGAAAACAGUGGGCAAUGCGAAAGAACCCAGUCCCACAUCAGGAACCGAUAAGAAACCGAAAAUCUCCAAAGGUAAGGUUAAGCAUUAA